ACAGCGCCGGCGGGGGGGGAGACAAUGAGGUAUCCGGGUCACACAGCGCCGCGGCGGGCUCCGGUGUGAUGUCGGCGGCGCCCGGUUACCCCCGACCAGUGUGUGACUCCCCCCGCCCCGGCCGCGGUGGUACGCUCCGUCUCCAUGGCGACGCGUCCUGACACCACCACCGGGACAACAUGGCCGCCGCUACGCUCCCCGGGGAGUACUCCCGCCUGUGCAGAGCUGCGGAAGAGAACCGGCUGCAGGAAUACAAUGCGGCGUUAGUGAUCCAGAGCUGGUUCAGAGGAUGCAGAGUGCGAGCUUAUAUCAGGUACCUGCACAGAAUGAUGACCGUCAUCCAGAAAUGGUGGCGAGCUUAUUCAGCGAGAAAGUUUUUCCGAAGUAAAGUGCAGACAGAGUACUUUAUUAUGAAGACGGAUUUCUACAAUGAAAUGGCUGUCAGGAUUCAGAAGAGAUGGCGGGGUCACUAUGUCCGGAAAUAUGUCCACAAUUACUACGCAUUGAAGAAGUAUUUGGAGAGUUUGACCAUCAAGAAUAACUUAGUAAGGAAGGAUCUGGAAGAGUACGCCAUAAUGAGGGAAAAAGAAAGAGUGAAGAAAGACCUGGAGAGAGCAGAACGGAGGACGGAGCACCAGGCCAGGAAGAUGCAUCACCUACUUAGCACAGAGCAGGUUGCAGGUGUAUUCAACUCAGCGUACAGACAGUAUCCGGAGGAGAUGGAGUUCCUGCUACAGAGGGCCAGGCCACUCAGCCCUAAAGAGCUACCCAAGAAAAAUAAUGACCUUCUUGGCUUUCAUGAUUGGACAGACUGUAGACGUCCAUUUUCAUUCCCAGCCACCCAACCCCUUCCACCGAUAGGCAAAAAGAAACCACAGGGGCCGUUCCGUGAUGUAGCUGAAGUAUUUAGACAGCGUUACAAACCUUUGGAGCCAACCCUAAGAGUGGCGACAUCUUUCUGUUCGGUGGAAGAGGCCAGAGAAGAGCUGAAGAGACAGGAAUGGAGUAAGGACAUCCAAGAAAACAUGUAAGACCUCUGAAGAGGAAGUGUGGUCAAUAACUAUUUCCAAAAGAGGUUAUCGUGGAGCAAACUCUGAGAAUGAGUGGGAGUUAGAAUUGGGAAUAAUGAGACUCGUUGGUGAAACCCUUAUUAUAGGCUGAUCGCAGGAACAACAUUAACCAAGAGGCCACUUACUGAUCCGAUCAUUGGG